UUCACUCUUGGUUCUGAAGCUCCUUCGUUUCUUUCCCCCCUUUCUCCCUCCAUUUCUUUCAUUCACAGAAACUCAGCCAAAAAAACCUAGCACUGUAAGCCUACACCACCGCCGCCGCAAGGAGUGACAUACUGCCGCCGUCCGUCCGUCUAUCUAGCUUCCCUCGUGCUCCAAGUCUUCAACCCCCGUUCGCUGUCACCGAUCGCAGCUGCUUCCUCGAGCUCGGCGUCCGUCGUCUUUGUCUGCUCAGCCGCGCUUCCGCCGCCGUUGGUUGCCGUUAACGUUCGCGUCUUCGUUCAGCCGUCAUCUUCGUUCGCGUUCUUCGCCGUUCAAGUUUGCUCGGCGUUCACCGUUCGGGUUAGCGUUCGUCUGGAAGCCACGUUGCCCUGGUUCAAACUCUGCGACCAACCCGCGCGCUCCACCUAGCCGUCGAACUGUUCUCUUUUGUCGCCGCCGAAAUUCUGAGGUAUAUAAGAAUUAAGAAGGAAGACUAUUUUAACGUUUUCAGUCAUGAGUUUGCUUGAAGUCAUUAAAAAUGCUUCAAUCAAUUCGAAGCCACUUGAUUCUCCAUUGGAUUAUCCUAUUGUUCUGAACCCUGAUACUAUUAUACCUAACUUGAAGCCUGAACAAGAAGACGCAGCGGCCUUGUGUCUUGUAAAACCUCUUAGUGGAUGGAAAAUUUCGCAAGCUGAUGCCGAACUCAUUGACAUUGGGAAGAAGUUCUUUAUACAGCUAAAGGCAAAGCUCAAGAGUGGUAAUAGUUUGGAGAAGGAUGAGUUUAUUGGUGAUUUGAAUUCCUAUCUGAAUAGCAUCGCUGAGAAAAUAGGUGUUUCGAUUGCUAUUAAUCCAUCUAUGCCCAAUUAUACUAAGUUCUUGAUUGACAAGGUUGGAUAUUUUAUGGGUAAGGAUGUUGUUGUUGUUGUUUUGGAUGUGUGCAUUUCGUUUGAUAUUUGGGAUAUAGUUGAGGCUUUGAUUGAGCAUGGUGUUAUUAAGCAUUCUUGUCAUUCGGGCUUGGUUACUAGGUUAGUUGAAAAGAAGAGGUCCGAUUUGAUAUGUACGUGCAUUAAGCACGCGUUUGAUCUCGGGUCAUCUGAAAUACUCAGCAUUCUGAGGUAUUUUCUUUCUCCAUCCAAAGAUGCUUAUGAUAGUAUGAUAACUGUGAAGAAGGAAUGGGAGAACCAAGCACAGUUGGCCAUUGAUGGAAUUAGUGAUAGCAGUUGGAACAAAAAGAAUCUGCUUGUGGCAAAGGAGGCUUCCAUUUUGCUUAUGGUAGCUUAUGAUGGUUUCUCUGCAUCUGAGAUUUGUUUGCAUUAUCUACUAGCAUCGUCAAACUUCAAUGAUGUGCUGUUAUCAUCUUCCUUCAGUAAGUUGAAUGGCAAAGAGUUGAUUAACUUGAUUCGCUAUUUAUCGAAGUGGCUAAAGAAGUACGAGAGGUUUCCUCAAGCCGGUCCCUGCCCUGAAGCUACAGCAGCUUUGGGUUUGACGGUUUGCGAUUGGGUUCCUAAACUCGACGAUGUUGUGAAGUUUCUUGGUUUUGUGCUUGAUGAGAACUUUUCUUCGUUGGUAUUGCAUCCGGAGUUUCAUGAGCAGCUAAGAUUAAUUGAGGAAGUGGUUAGUUCUUUGACUGCUGAAUCCAAGUGUUGUUUUUUGAUGGCUGAUGUGGUGAACAAACUAAAGAUGGAAGUAAAAGGUGGAAAUACGUAUGAUCUUUUUUGAAACUUAGUUGUUCGAUUUUGUUAUGUUUUAUCCAUUUUGAUAGAAUAUGAAGACGUGUCUGAAGUGUGAACUGAUAAUCAAAUGAUCAAAUCAUUGUAAUUUUUGGUCUAUGAUCUCGACUGCAAUUCAUUUAGAGGUUAUCUAUUCUCACGUGCUUUUUUAUUUAAGAAUUAUUCCUUGUGGUGUUCAUUAGUAGUCGAUUUCUUGGAUUCGCUA